AUGUCGACCGAAAACUCCACUCAAAAGCCAUUUACCAUCGCCAUAGUCGGCGGUGGAAUCGGGGGUAUCGCACUUGCGAUUGCACUCCGGCAUCAGCAUGUCCCCGUCCAAGUCUACGAAGCUGCACCGGAAUUCGCAGAAAUCGGCGCUGGAAUGGCCUUUGGACCCAACGCGAUCCGCUCCAUGGAGCUCAUUGAUCCAGCAAUUCGCAAGGCCUUCAAUACCCGCGCAACGAAAAACGGGGCCAAGGAGGACGAGGCGACUUGGAUCAACUUCCGCUGUGGCUUGGGUGAGCCAGAUCUGAUUGCAAAGGUGCAGACCACCGACCACGACAAGACGGGACUGAGCAGCGUUCACCGCGCGCAUUUUAUCGACGAACUCGCCGAUCUCCUUCCAGAGGAGAUUGCGCAUUUUGGGAAGAGGUUGGUCGGGCUGGCAACGCUCGACUCGGGGAAAAUGCAGCUUGCCUUCGAAGACGAUACGACUGCCCACGCUGAUGCCGUGGUGGGAUGUGAUGGGGUGCGAAGCCGAGUGCGGCAGUUUCUUCUUGACACAAAGAGCCCACUUGAGGAUCUCACGUUCAGUGGAAAGUACGCUUAUCGCGGCCUGAUCUCGAUGGGUAUGGCCAAGGAAGCCCUCGGGGAGUAUCUUUCUGGAAACAGCCAGAUGUACCUUGGGCCGGAGGGACAUAUUCUGACAUACCCUAUUGCCCAUGGGAAGGUCAUGAAUGUCAUCGCGUUCAAGAACCAGGACACUCCAUGGGAGCACGAGAGCUGGGUGGUGAAGAACCAGGGUGAUGCAUUCAAACGCGAUUUUGAGGGAUGGGGCAAGCCCGUUCAGAGCAUUCUCCAGCUGCUCGACAGCCCGGACCAGUGGGCCCUCUUCGACCACCAACCCGCGCGUACAUACUGCCAAGGCCGUGUUGCGAUCUUGGGCGAUGCUGCACAUGCGUCCACCCCACACCAGGGUGCUGGCGCGGGUCAGGCCAUCGAGGAUGCACUCAUUCUCGGUCGUCUUCUCGGCGACGUACAAACACAGGGGGCAUCCGACAUCCCCGCUGCCUUCCGUGCGUACGAUGCCGUUCGGCGACCGCGCUCGCAAAAGGUGGUCACCACCAGUCGUGCGGCAGGUUUGACGUAUGCCUUUCAAGGCCCAGAUGGGGGAGAUGUAGCAGGUAUCCAGGAGGAGCUUUUGCAGCGUUUCCAGUGGAUCUGGGAGGAGGACAUGGAGAGUCAGCUUGCGCAGGCGACGACCAUGUUACGCGGCGAGAGGCAGGUUGCAGUCGGGACUGGGCGUGGGUUGGUAUGGGGUUGGGCUGCUGUGUGGAAGCAGGUUCUCGAGGAUCUCGUGUCGCGGGUGCUCGUGUUCAUUCGGGGAAGUCGAUAG